UGACAUUAAGCAAGUACUUUUGGGAAAUGUAUUAGAUGUCAAGAGAAAUUAUAACCUACUGUUUUACCUUAUUAGUUAAAAUUUAAUAAUAACUUACAAUGGCAACAAGUCGAUUAGAACGAAUUGGGACUAUUUUUAGUAGAGCUGAGGGUCUACUUUUGCGUGGAGCGAUGAAACCAGAUGACAGACCAUUAUGGUUUGAUAUUUAUAGAGCAUUUCCACCUACAACGGAACCAAAAUUUGCAAGACCAAAACCGGAAAACAAGCCCAUUAGACAAAUUUUAUAUAGAGAAGAUGUCCUCAGAGCGAAAUUUCACGCUAAAGGUCAUGGAUUAAGUUCUAACAUGCUUAGUUUAUCCGAAACACAUACAAAGAGGCUAAUACUAAAGUACGAAGAAUUAAAAACUAAGAGUAUACCAGAUGAAGAAUUAAUUGAGAAAUGCGUCGAAGCUGUCGGUAGUGAGCGACAAAUAGAAGCUACGAAAAGUACAACGAAGAAUCCCGAUUCAGUAUCUUCCAAUGUUUUAGCUGAAGCUAAUCUUAAAACUAUUUUCAAAGAAUAAGUGUUUAUCUAUGUCUGCAUUUAUAGUUGUUAUAGUGUUUAGUGUAGAUAUUUUAAAUGAUUCAAUUAUAAUCAUUUAAUAAAAAUAAUCUAUCCAAAUCCAUUAAAACAAAAACUAAAAAAAAGUGUUUUAAUGCUAAAUUCAACUUGUAUAUAUUUUUUUAAAUAUUGAAAUAAGAAUACAUUAUAUUUUAUGUAUUAAUGUUUUCAAAUAUUGCCUACGAGAUAUAGUUUGUUACGCAAGUUACUGUAAGUUCCACUGUAUCAUUGAGAUCCUUUGAGGUGCCUUUUUAAAAUACCUAUUUAUUCUUCACAAAUCACUUACUGUUUACAUCUCUGGAAUUUGUCCUAAUUUAUACAUG